AUGAAUAUUGUCUUGGAUCUCCUCCUGCUUCUGGUCACCAUUAUUUACUCUUACUUAGAGUCAUUGGUGAAGCUCUUCAUUCCCCAGAAGAGAAAAUCUGUCUCCGGAGAAAUCGUCCUCAUUACUGGAGCUGGGCAUGGGAUUGGCAGGCUGACUGCAUAUGAAUUUGCAAAAAGGAAAAGCAAACUGGUACUGUGGGACAUUAAUAAGCGUGGUGUUGAAGAAACUGCAGCAGAAUGUCGAAAACUAGGAACUGCGGUCCAUACAUAUGUGGUAGACUGCAGUAACAGAGAAGGUAUUUACAGUUCCAUCAGCCAGGUAAAGCAAGAUAUGGGUGAUGUAACCAUCCUGGUGAAUAAUGCUGGAGUAGUAUAUCCUGCUGAUCUGCUUAGCACUAAGGAUGAGGAGAUUAUCAAGACAUUUGAAGUCAACACCCUGGGACAUUUUUGGAUCACAAAAGCCCUCCUUCCAUCGAUGAUGAAAAGAAAUCAUGGUCACAUUGUCACGGUGGCUUCAGUGUGUGGCCAUGGGGUGAUUCCAUAUCUCAUCCCUUACUGCUCCAGCAAAUUUGCGGCCGUUGGCUUUCACAGAGCUCUGACAGCAGAACUUGCAGUGCUGGGGAAAACUGGUGUCAAAACUUCAUGUCUCUGUCCAGUUUUUGUGAAUACCGGAUUCACCAAAAACCCAAGCACAAGACUGUGGCCUGUGUUAGAAACAGAAGAAGUUGCAAGAAAUCUGAUAGAUGGAAUACUUACCAACAAGAAAAUGAUUUUUGUUCCAUCAUUCAUCAAUCUCUUGCUCACAUUAGAGAGAUUUCUGCCUGAACGUGCCUUGGCAGCUAUAAAUCAUGUCCAGGAUGUUCAGUUUGAAGCAGUGGUUGGCCACAAAAUCAAAAAGAAGUGA